AUGUCUCUCCUGUCAACAAACAUCCUCGGCCUCAACCGCCAAUUCGCUCGCCUCGGCCUCACCGCAGAGACCUCAGCCUUCACGAACCAGGUUCGUUUCGCCAGUAAGAAGGCUGGAGGUUCCACAAAGAACAACAGAGAUUCUGCCGGUCGUCGUCUCGGAGCCAAGAAAGUCGGAGGCCAACCGGUGAUCCCUGGAAACAUUAUCUACCGCCAACGCGGCACACACUUUUACCCAGGCGAGAAUGUCGGAAUGGGCAAGGAUCACACACUAUUUGCACUCGAGUCCGGGUGGGUGCAGUACUACCAGGACCCAGUUAAGGACAAGAAGUUCUGGAAGAGGACAUAUGUUGGCGUCACGCUUCACAAGGACGAGGUCUUGCCUACUCCUAUCAACGAGCCUAGGAGGAGAGCGUUCAGGAUGGUUGAUACUGCGGCCUUCAAGCGGGAAUUGGACCAGUCUAGGAAAGAGGCCUUGGAGGAGUUGGUUUCUUUGGAGAAGGUCGUCCAGGCAUAA